AUGACGUCGGCCUUCCCCUCUCUCCCCCGCCGCCCCACCCUCCCCUCCGUCCUGCCCAAGCCGCCCUCCGUCUACCUCCGCACGUCCACCUCCGCGGCCCACAGCUCCGUCUCCUCGCUCAACAGCCUCUUCAACCCCACGACCCGCGCGCCCGCCGACGCCGACGCAAAGUCGUUGAUCCUGCGGGCGUUCGUGCCGCACGUGGCCGUGCAUGUGAGCGAUGACACGAACGCGCUUGCGCGCGAGAAGGGCUUCGCCGACUUUAAGGACAUGCUGCGGCCGUAUGGCGAGGAGAUCUCGGGCCGCGUGACGGUGCGCGACAGCCAGGGGAUCAGCAGCAGCUAUGAUGACUUUGGGAUGCGGUUUGUGGCGCUGGCGGACGUGGCGGCGAGCGGGGAGAAGUGGGAGACGGGGCUGUCGAGGCUGCAGCAGGCGGCGGCGGCGGCGGCGGCAGCGGCAGCGGCAGCGGACGGGGACGGGGAGGGGAAGGGGGAGGGUGAGGGGGAGAAGAAGGUGUGGGUGGGCGGCAGCAUUGAGGAGGUGGAGGAGCUGGUGGGGAUGCAUAUGGAUCGGGAGGUGGCGGGCACGGGCAGGGAGUUCUAUAUGCUGUAUUUGAGACGGCUGUUGAGUGCGCUGCCGGUGGCCCCGCAUGAGACGUUCUCACACCCCGUGGCGUGUGUCAUUGCGAUCUCGUCGAGGAAUACGACGCCGAUAGAGACGCUGAGGAAUCUGUAUACGUCGGGGAGUAGGGUGCAGCUGCCGGCGUAUGUGAAUACGGACUAUCUGCGGUACUAUGUGCUCGUGCACGACGAGGACCGCGAUGAUAUCAAAAAAUCUAAUAGCCUCUUUGACCAAAUGAAGAAGCACUUCGGCCUCCACUGCCACCUCCUGCGCCUCCGCUCCGGCGGCCGCGCCGUAAUAUCCGACGACGACGCCGUCAUCGUGCCCAAACCCAACUGGAUCUCGGCCGCCGAAGAGCUCGCCUCCAUCACCUCGACCGACGCCGACUACUCAGACGACCAGCCGGCACUCUGUCUCCCCGACAGCGAUGCCGCCGCACUCACAACCAUGAUCCGCGAGAUGGCGCAGGUCUCCAUCAUCCCGUUCAUGGAGCGGUGCGUCGCAACCUGGAACGACCAAGUCGCAUCCAGACGGCGUGGGCUGUCAGGAAGGUUCUUGAGCAUGAGUAAACGAUACUUUGGAAGUAGUGGUAGUAGGACGAGUACUAGUGCUAGCAACUAUGACCCUUUGUCCGCCAGCUACCACCCCAGCACGCCCGAGGCGCAGAUGCGCAAGCUCGCCGACUACGCCUUCCUGCUGCGCGACUGGCGGCUCGCGAACGGCGUGUACGACCUCCUCCGCACCGACUUUGGCAACGACAAAGCGUGGAAAUACCACGCCGGCGCCCAGGAAAUGACCGCGAUAUCACUAAUCCUAACGGGCACGGGCCUAACCACCAAGGUCCGCGCCGACCAGAUCUACCCCCUCCUCGACCUCGCCGUCUACUCGUACCGCAGCCGCUGCAGCAGCACGUACUGCGCGCUGCGGGCGCUGCUCGUGUCCGUCGAGCUGCUGCGGCUGCGCGGCGGCGGCGCGGCCGACGAGGCGGCGACGUGGGCGAUCCACGCGCGGGACAUGCACGCGAACCCCGGGAUCGGGCAUGCGCUUGUGACGGAGCGCGUGGGCGCGUGCUAUAGUGUUCGCGAGGGGGUGGGUACGGGGGCGUGGGGAGCAAGGCGGCGGAAGGCGGCGAUGUGGCGGAUGUUGGCGGCGGGGGAGUGGUUGGCUGCUGGGAGGGGGGCGGUGAGUAGGGCGUGUGUGGAGGGGGCGGUGGGGGUGUAUGAGGGGACGGGGUUUGCGGGGGUGAGGGCGUUUAUUGAGGGCGUGAAGAAGGGGAGUGGGUAUGGGGGGGUGUUGGUGGAUUUGGGCGGGGAGGGGGAGGGCGAGGGGGGGGAGGUGGAGGUGGAGGAGGAGGUGUUGGAGUUGGAGGUGGGGAAGAGGAGGAGUGUGGGAGGGAAGGCGGGGAGGGAGCUGUUGUUGGAGUUGGGGGAUGGGGGCGUGAGGGAGGAGGAUGAUUUUGUGGAGAAUUAG